AGGACCAAUGAGAUCACCGCUGCGCAGUUUAAAUCGCCCACAACUGUCAGCGGUUUCAAAUAAAUUCGUUUAUCUUAGUAAAUCCUUUAAAUUGUAGUAUAUGUGACUGUUCUUGAGCUUUAAACGCAGUUAACAUGCCGUGCGAAAUGAUUACGUUGCAGUUAGGUCAAUGCGGCAAUCAAAUCGGCUUUGAGUUUUGGAAGCGGCUUUGCACCGAGCACGGUAUCAAUCCCGAGGGAAUUCUUGAAGAUUUUGCCACCGAAGGUAUCGACAGGAAGGAUGUCUUUUUUUACCAGGCCGACGACGAACACUAUAUUCCGCGGGCAGUUUUGUUGGAUCUCGAGCCCAGGGUGAUUAACACGAUUCUCAACUCCCCUUAUUCCAAGUUGUAUAAUCAGGAGAACGUGUUUUUGUCAAAAAACGGAGGUGGUGCGGGCAAUAAUUGGGCCUCGGGCUACUCGCAGGGCGAAAGGUUGAACGAGGAGAUUUUCGACAUUAUAGAUCGCGAGGCCGACGGUAGCGACAGUUUGGAAGGUUUCGUACUCUGCCAUUCGAUAGCCGGAGGCACGGGGUCCGGUAUGGGCUCAAAUAUAUUAGAGAAACUAUCUGAUAGGUUUCCAAAAAAGUUAGUGCAGACUUAUAGCGUGUUUCCCAACUUAGACGAGAUAAGUGAUGUGGUCGUGCAGCCUUACAACUCGUUGUUGACGCUUAAACGGCUAACGAAAUCGGCCGAUUCUGUGGUGGUGCUCGAUAACACGGCCCUGAAUCGCAUCGCCGCCGAUCGUCUCAAAAUACAAAACCCCACGUUCACCCAAAUCAAUAGCCUCGUCAGUACAAUAAUGUCCGUGUCAACGACGACGCUCCGUUACCCGUCAUACAUGAACAACGACCUCAUGGGUCUUUUGGCCCCAUUAAUUCCCACACCACGUCUUCACUUUCUCAUGACGGGCUACACUCCCCUUUCGACCGAUACUGACGAGGUUAGCGUGAGGAAAACUACGGUGCUGGACGUGAUGAGGAGACUCUUGCAGCCAAAGAACAUGAUGGUGUCGACAGCGCAGGACCGCAGCUCCCAGCAUUGUUUCAUAUCGAUUUUGAACAUUAUACAGGGAGAAGUGGACCCCACGCAGGUCCACAAGUCACUUCAGCGUAUCCGGGAACGUAAACUUGCCCAGUUUAUACCUUGGGGGCCGGCGAGUAUUCAAGUGGCCCUGUCGAGGAAAUCACCGUACGUGUCGACUGCUCACAGGGUGUCGGGUCUCAUGUUGGCCAAUCACACAAACAUAUGUUCGCUAUUUGAGCGCGCCUUGACACAGUAUGACAAGCUGAGGAAACGGGAGGCCUUCUUGGACCAGUUCCGCAAAGAAGAGAUGUUUAAGGAAAAUCUAGACGAGUUGGAUUCAAGUAGGGAGGUGGUGCAGGACUUGGUGGACGAGUAUGUAGCCGCUACUCGAGAAGAUUACUGUAACUGAAUUUGUGUCGAUUGGUUAAGCGUUAAAUGACCUAAUUUAAUUUCUUUCAUCGUUUAUACUAGCACAAUUGUCACGUUACCAUGCCCGAGUAGUUCGUUUGUCCCCUCUCGAUAUCUCCUUUACGUCGACUUUAAAACAAAUUUUAGGAUGAAUAAAACCUGUUGCAACUUUACUCAAACUUCGUUAGUAUUAUUCGUUUUUGGCUUACAGGGCCCCCUCGAGAAGACUGCAUAAGUGUUCUUUUUUUUAUAACCUAUUAAAGUGCCAUUUUUUUCGCAGAUAACUCGAAUAAUGUAAGCCAUUGUUAUG